AAAUAAUGAAUCGACUAAAUUUGUUUGUUGUAGUACUAAAUAAUAUGACAGUUCAACGAUAACAAAACGAUCACAUCUCUAGUAAAUUACAAUCGAGGAUUUGUGAAACAUAUUUGUAUUAAAUUAUUUAAUAAUUGUACAGUGUUGAUAUAUUCAUCGUAUUAAUAUUAAAAAAUGGAGACUCUAUAUCAUCAGACUAAUCACCUAAUACAGGAAACAUCAGAACUUUUCCAGAAAUUAGAAAGAGAUCCAACCAACUAUGAGAGCAUAGAAAACGCAAUUCAGUCAAAAAUUAAUACAAUUAGUGCGAACUGCGAAAGAUUGGAUAUAUACGUUUUCAAAACACCAAUUAACCAGCGGCCUAUGGCAAAAAUGAGGGUUGACCAACUGAAGUAUGACAACAAACAUAUUCAGGCAUCUCUAAAUGCAGCUCAGAAUAAAAGAAUAAAGCGUGAACAAGAGCUAAAAGACAGAGAACAAUUGUUAAGCCGGAGGUUUGGACAUGACCACACUGCCAUCAAUGUGGACUACUUAGCGCAGGAACAACUAUCAUUACAGAACUCACAUAGAAAUGUUGAUGAAAUGCUGCAUACUGGUUCAAAUAUUUUGGAGACUCUAAAGUACAAUCGGGAAACAAUUAAAGGUGCUCAUAGAAGACUAAUAGAUUUAGCCAACACACUAGGUUUAUCCAAUGCGACGAUAUCUUUGAUAGAACGGAGGGUGUCUCAAGACAAAUAUGUCCUGUUCGGUGGCAUGUUCGUCACCCUCACUAUCAUAGUGCUUGUGAUAAUAUAUUUGACGUAGUUCCAACUUUAGUGAGGGGUACAGUUCGAACCUCGAUCCUCGUUGACAAUACAUUAGUCGUUUAAAUAGAGAAAUAUAAUAUAUUGUAAUCAAUCUUAUGUUUUCUUAUGUACAAUGUUCUCUUGGUCACAAAAAAAGAUUCCCUAGUGUACCUUCGCGGUGAAGUGGACAAAUGGACACUUGAAGCGUAAUUGGGACAGGACUUUCUCCCUCCAUUUAUCACAGUAUCAUGGCCUGCUAUUGUAUCCCAAUGUUCCAAUAAAGUGUGGUGCUAGUGCAAUAUCUGCUAACAUAACCUACCUAAUCAUUUCAUAAUAAUUGAUGAUGUUUUCGUCCAGCAAGGCCAUUCUAUGCCGAUUUUGCUCUCGCAAUCUGUGAGCCAAUAGGCUAGGUUACACCCAGACUCAGUUCAUAGUUACAGUUUACUUAAAACUAUCUCUCAAGUAAUAAAACUGAACCAUUACUAUCUGAGUAAAGAUUGCGAUAUCUGUAUUUCAAUACACUUACAAAAUAUUCGUAGAAAGUAACCGAACGGUUCAUCGAAACAAAUAAUGAAGUUGCCAUAUAUGUACUUAUGGUUUAAAAUGAUUAUUUUUGCUCUUAAUUGUGUAGUUCCAAUUAAUAAUUAAAUACUUUUUGUUAUAAAGAGAACCAGAUCAGGUCUGAUUAGGUCAGGUCUGUUCACAAAUUGUUACAUAAAGUUUGCAAAACCUUGCGAUUGCUCGAAUGGGCUUCAAAAUACAAGUUUUUGCGGCGAUCACAACACCACAAUUUAGCUUUAAUAUAAUUAACCCGAAUUUUUAUAUUGGUUACUUUUAAAGUAAAAUUGCGUCAGAUAGUAGUCCACUGGUCCAAUAUAUUUAUUUAAGAAUAAUAUUUUGUUAAAGAUUCUAUGGUGUUAAAGAUUUUUAAACCGGUUGUGUUGAGUUACAGUUAUUUUUGGAAAUUUUCUGGUAACGAAAUAUUUAUCUUAUUCUUGCCCCCUAUUUUAUAGUCACCGUGAUGUAAACCUGUUCUUGGAUAUCUCAAAUUUUAAUACAAAGCCAUUGCAACUACCUACCUACCUAAUUGUUAUAUAAGUCUCCGUGUGACGAGAAUAAAUUAAAAUAAAUACUAUCUAUUAUUUUAUUUUUUCAACAGUUUCUUAUAAUGUCUCGUACCUUUUUGUACCGAUCUAUUUUGUGACGGGUUGAACAUAAUAUAAAUGUAUUAUUUUAUUGUAUCUAUGAAAGUGUUGAUUAUGUUUAUUUAAUGUAACAUUCCUUCAUUAUUUAAUUUCGACUAUGCACGUGUUUGUGAGCGUACACGAUAUUGUAUUCGAUACCUGUAAUUAUCUAGCUUAUGCCUGUUUGUAUAUUAUUAUAAAAAUGUUAUUCAUAAGUGAUAUUCUAUUAAAUU